AUGAGUGUUUCCGAAACAGCAUCUUCGUCAGCCAGUGCUGUUAGCACGAGCCCUGAAGGGUCGUCUGCGUCGAAGCCCGUCAAUGGAGCUACCUGCAAUGGUUCCGCAGCACCUGGCAACGGCUCCAUCGGGACAGCGAAAGGGAAGAGGAGGAGCAAAUAUCGCCAUGUUGCAGCCUAUCAUUCGCAGUUGCGGCAUUCGAGCCUCAGUCGAGAGUCCAACGUGACUCCAAGCUUUCUUGGAUUCCGGAAUCUCAUGGUGAUAGUCUUAGUGGCGAUGAACCUCCGCCUGAUAAUUGAGAAUUUCAUGAAAUAUGGCGUCCUUAUCUGUAUCAAAUGUCACGACUAUCGGAAGCAGGAUGUCGUUCUCGGGUCGAUCCUCUUUGCCCUUGUUCCAUGCCAUCUCUUCGUUGCGUAUAUCAUUGAACUGGCUGCAGCUCAGCAGUCCAAGCAGACUGUCGGUCGGCAGAAAAAGGAUCUAUCGGCGGAGGAGAGGGAGCGCGAACAGCAGGCCUUCCGCUCAACUUGGCGGUAUACGGCCUUCUUCCAUACCCUGAACGCUACACUGUGUCUCGCCGUGACCAGCUUCGUCGUAUAUUUCUACAUCAAUCAUCCCGGGAUCGGUACGAUUUGUGAACUCCACGCAAUCAUUGUGUGGCUCAAAAAUUGCUCCUAUGCGUUUACGAAUCGCGAUCUACGGCAGGCAAUGCUCAACCCCUCUGUGGAGUCUGCUCUCCCAGAGAUCUAUUCCACAUGCCCAUAUCCAAGGAAUAUCACGCUUGGAAAUCUUACAUACUUUUGGCUAGCCCCUACACUUGUAUAUCAACCUGUUUAUCCUCGAACGUCGCAUAUUCGAUGGUCUUUUGUUGCCAAACGACUUACCGAGUUUUUUGGUUUAGCUGUCUUCAUAUGGCUCCUCUCCGCUCAGUAUGCUGCUCCGGUCCUGCGAAACUCGAUUGACAAGAUCGCUGUGAUGGAUAUUGCUUCAAUCCUGGAGCGCGUCAUGAAACUGUCCACAAUUUCUCUUAUCAUUUGGCUCGCCGGGUUCUUUGCGCUUUUCCAGUCGCUGCUGAAUGCUUUGGCGGAGGUCAUGCGGUUCGGAGAUCGUGAGUUCUACACAGAUUGGUGGAACAGCCCGAGUCUCGGCGCAUACUGGCGGUCAUGGAACCGGCCGGUGUACCUCUUCAUGAAGAGGCAUGUUUUCUCGCCAUUGGUCGGAAGGGGCUGGAGCCCUCUUGCGGCGAGUUUUAUGGUCUUUUUCCUCUCUGCCGUCCUGCAUGAGAUGUUGGUGGGAAUUCCCACCCAUAAUUUGAUCGGUAAGAACUUGAUCCUGUUUGCAAAGGAUAAAAAUGGGGUCACUGACGGUCAUAUAGGUGUUGCAUUUGCGGGAAUGAUGUUCCAGCUGCCAUUGAUUGCUGUGACAGCUCCCUUUGAAAAGGUGAAUGAUGCAUUGGGCAAGAUCGUAGGGAACUCGAUCUUCUGGGUGAGCUUCUGCCUCGUCGGUCAACCACUGGGUGCACUCUUGUAUUUCUUCGCAUGGCAGGCGAAGUACGGAAGUGUCAGCAAGAUGCGCGUUUAG